GGAAAAGAAAAGCGGCAGGGUGAAGGAAUGGUUGUGGUUGUCAACUAUAGCCAUGGCUACUUCAUCAACAAUAUUGCCAUCAUCACUCAUCCCAAGAACCAACCCAUCAAUUUUCUCUCAUAACCAGCAAGUGUUGUUCCUUCAAAAUCGUUAUUUGAAUAGUUCAGCAGCUCACAAGACGAAGAUUUCCUUCUGUGUCCUAGCAGCUAAGAUCCCUGCUGGUGUGGAAUUUCCAAAAGUACAGCCACAAUUUCAAGCUCCAUUUCUUGGGUUCACAAAGACAGCAGAAGUAUGGAACUCUAGAGCUUGCAUGAUUGGUAUCAUUGGAGUUUUCAUCGUGGAGUUUAUUAUAAACAGGGGAAUACUUCAGGUCAUAGGAGUUGAUGUUGGGAAAGGUCUUGAUCUUCCCCUCUGAACAAUUAUUUUCUCUGUGCUUGUCACACAGUCAAUUUUAACUCUCUUUUUUAAUGGUUUCAAGAAGAAAUGUUCGCAUUACUGGGUCAUUAGGCAACAUCCAUUUCUGUAAUCUAAAAUCUGUAUUGAUCUAAAUUGUGAGAUAUUCUUGGGUUGGCUUAAGUAUUGCUAACUCUAUUGUGAAUGCAGUGUUGCUUGGUUUGGUACA